AUGGAAGCAAAACAUAAACUGGACCCCAGGUAUCGAUGGACGAACAUGGCUGUGAUGUACGGCAAGGAUCCCCAAAAACUGGACAAAAGCUUCAAGCUGUGCGGUGUCGCCGAUAUCGAUUUCACAAAAUCCGCCAUUGCAGGGCUUGUCGCUGUCCCCAUGCCCACCAAGGAGCAGAAGUAUCUGUGGCUUGAUCUGACCUACCCUGUUCGAGGAAUCUAUUUGCCGGUAUCCCCCAAGGGGGAAGGUCCCUUGGGCGAUAUGUGUAAGUUCCUGCGUCUGGACUUCAAAGGACGCGGCUUCGCCUUGCCGUAUGGCCGGCCUUACGAGGACAGCCUCGUGAAAGGAUGGGCCGACCCCAAGAGCAAGGUCCGCGAAUUACUCAGAGCAGAACUUUCUAGUCCGCUCAAGGUUUUGCAAACGGAGACAAUGGGUCUGUUCAAAGCACGCCUGAAGGACCUGCAUCGGAGUUCCAAAAGGGCCGACCUUCUCUACGCUGCUGAUGCGAUUAUCGCAGAUUGGAAGCCGACUACGGACAAAGAGGAAUCGAAGCGAAGACUCGAUGACUACUUGAACCUCCUGACUAAGGCGAACCAACAAGGAAAACUCUCUGCCGAAGAGGACAAAAAGUAUUACGACGAGUUCAAAAAGAAGGCCGACAAAAGUGACAUCGACGCAUUCGAAACGAGCUCGUCGGAGACAGACCUGCGAAUAACCAAGUACUUGAGGUACCGAGAGUCAGCUCCGAUCCUGAAAGAGCUCAAAGAAUUGUACUCUCAAGAGAAGAUCGACGAAGACCAGAUUUGGCAGGUAAUCGGAAAAAUCAAACACCUUUCCGAUUUCUUCCAUUCCUUGAACCCGUCGGAACAGAAGUGGUUUGCAGAGAAAACGAAACCACUCCGGGGACACAGUUUCCCCUGUACCCCGAUGUAA